GCAGAGUAAGAAUUGAAUCAUUCUACAUAGGACGGUAAAAUUAAAACUAUAAAUUUCUUGUUCCUUUGUCGCAUACGAAGCCAGAUCUUAAGUAUGUAUGCUAGAUUAGCAGCAAAGCUGAAUCGUCCCCUUCUAGGAUUGAUUCCGAGGAAUCAAUACUGUCUGCCGGAAAGACUUUUGUCGGCCUCGGUAGGCCGGACAGCGGACCCUGAUGUUCAUGGCGGUGAUGUUGAUGAAUAUGAUGCCGCGGAGGCGAAGAAGGCGGAAACGGCGAAGGGGGAAUCGGAGAUUAAACCCAGCAACACCGGGAAAGUUCCAUAUUCGCCGUCGAAAUCCCCUUGUGGGUCAUCGCCCAAGAUAGAGAGCUCCGGCGUGAACGAUCGCAUAGAGCCAAACCUCCAACAAAAGCGUCGCAACUCUAACGCUUCAACAACAGACGUGAGCUGCGCGGGGUUGGACGGCGGCCCGUGGCCGGAUGACGCGACGGACCGGCGCCGACAAGAAGACGACAACAGGGAAUACUUCAAGCACCACAAGGCGUCGCCGUUGUCGGGCUUAAAGAUGGCCGACACAAGAAAGCCGAUAACGCGAGCAACCGACAGCAGCGGCGGAGCCGCCGCAGGAGGUGUGGUGGUGUGGCUGCCGGAGCAGCUGGAAUCGGCGGAGGAUACGCUGUUGAGAGCCAUGGAAAUUUGGAAACAAAACGCCGCGAGGGGCGACCCAGAUUCCCCGCACGGCAAGAUUCUCAGGAAUCUUAGAGGAGAAUAUUGGUGAUCGAUAUAAACUGUAAACCACGGUUAAACACUCUACUUAUAUGUUACACCCCCCGUAAUAAUACAAACAACUACUCCUUGGAUUAAUUCCACGACCCAUUAACGCCGUCA